AUGGAUUCGGAAGAGGCUGCUGACCUGGGAGUGCAGCCCACCACCCCCUCUGCCCCCACCAUCACCAGCACCCCCACAGCCCCCACCAGCUGCAAGAAGAGCCGUAAGAAAAAGAAGGAGAAGGCUGAGGCCAGGGAAGCUCAGGAGGGAGGGGAUGAGGCAGUGGAGCGGGUGGGUGCGAUCGAGGGCCUCACACGAGCCGGGCACCGGGCGCUGGCUCUGGGCGCCGGGCGGGAGGCAGUGGGGUGCUUCAGGAAAGCCCUGCUCCUCUCCAGGGAUACAGCGAGUCCCCAGCUCCACCAGGCUUGUGCCUUCAACCUGGGGGCUGCCUAUGUGGAGACUGGAAAGCCCAAAAAGGGCCUCGAGUUCCUCCUCCAGUCCCAACCCUCAGAGGCGGAGAGCAGGGGUCACUUGGGGAGCCUUUAUUUCAGCGUCGGGGCGGCUCAUGAAGGGCUCCAGGACUUUCCAGAGGCUCUGGAACGUUUUGAGAAAGUGGCCGGGCAGGCGGGUGCUGCUGUGCAGGCUGGUGGCCGAGCAGGGACGUGCGUGCAGAUGGGCUGCUGCUACCUGGGCAUGCGGGAGCCGGCCCGGGCCGCGCGCUGCUUCCUGGCCGCGGCGCAGGCCUUCGCGGUGGCCGAGAGCCCCGAGGCCGCGGCCGUGGCUCUGAGCAGGGCGAGCGGCUCCAUGCUGCAGAGCCGGCGCUUCCAGGCGGCGGAGAUCGCCAGGGUCCUCGCCCAGUGCCGCUCACUGUGCGAGACCAUCCCCGACCCGGCCCUGCGAGGGAAACUCUACAACGACAUCGGCCUCGGCUACUCCCAGCUCCACAUCUUCUCCCUGGCUGCCGAGAGCUUUGAGCGGGCCCUGGGGCUGUGCAGGGGGCAGCCGGAGCGGCGGCAGGAGGCUGCGCUGCUGCAGAACCUGGGCGCUACCCACAACGCGCUGCGCAGCUUCGGCUCGGCGCUGGGCUGGCACCGGCGGGCGGCCGCGCUGCACGGUGCUCUGGGGAACCGGAGGGCUCAGGGGCAGUGCUUUGGGAACCUGGCCUAUGCCUGCAGCCAGCUGGGGAACCACGGGGCUGCCGCGGAGAGCUACCUGCACGCCCUGCAAGCCUUCCGGGACUCGGGGGACCUGCAGGGGCAGUGGCAAGCGUGCGAGGGGCUGGGUGCGGCCUGCCUCCACUUGGGAGACCCCCAGAAAGCCAUCGGGCACUAUCAAGAGGCCCUGAUUUUGCUUUCCCACUGUCAGGACAGCCCCAGAGCUGACCACAAACGGGUCGUGCACAAGCUCACAGAUGCCAUCCAGCACCGACUCCGCUUCAGCCACCUCUCAUACCAGGGGGGCUGGGCACCCACCCCGGUGCUGGUGAGCAUCGCCCAGGGCAUGGGACACUCUCCUGAAUGA